GAAAAAAUUGCGAUGCUUCGAGCAAAUGAGUCUUUGCUAAAAAAAAAUGACAAGCUCAAAAAAGAAAAAGUGUCUUUGCUGAAAAACAAAGAUUUGGCUGAUGGUCAAGUUAUGGUGUUGACAAGAUCCUUGGAAGCUCUGCAGAAGGAUUUGAAAGACAAGGAAAUUCUGGUUCAAGAUCUGAAACAGUCAUUGGAACGCCAAAGAAAGGAACUCAAUGACUGCAGAGCUGAAAUCACUUCACUAAAAAUGCACAUUGAAGGUUCUCGAUCUGGAUGGAAUUUGGUAGCUGGUGAAAUUGAACAUGCGCAAUCAGAGUCCUUAGAAAGCUACAAGGAAGAAAUAAAAUUGCUGCAGAAGGAAAUAGAAAGCUUAAAGGCUGGAAAAUUUAUUGUGACAGAAUCUGUGGAAUCUAUUGAUCAUGAAACAAAGUUUAUAGAGACAAAAGAUGAAGUUGUUGAUUUCCAUGAAAAUAGUGCUGUAGCACCUCCAGUUGACAUGACAUCUGGAGUUCUAGAAACUGUGGGUGCUCAAUUACUUGCAAAUCAAACCUCUGAUGACACCAAUGAUAAAUCCGAUACAGCACCAAGAGAGACAUUAGUAAGUUGUUCAAAUGAUAAUAAUGGUGCUAUUGAGAGUGCUGAGCAUGUCUCGAAACACAAUGGUGAACCAGUACCAGAAGAUAAUGGGCUACUUCUAAAAUCAGACAGUCCAGGUACUGAACCAGUUCCUGAAAAGAUGGGAUUGGCGGGGGGGUUAGGAUCUCCAAGCAAACAAGAACAAUUGACAGAGUACUUGAGAAAUCUGUUAGUUCAAAGUGCAGUGCAGGAGGGUCAGCCAAUGAAGCACCAUGCUGAGAUUGUAAACUCUGUCCGCUUCCUCUGCACAUAUGAAGCACAUCAUAAUAUGAUUUUCAAUAUCUUGUGGGAAAUGGUUGUGUGCUCCAAUAUAAAUAUGAAAAUCAGUGCCACCAAUCUGUUGAAAGUUAUUGUACCAUAUAUUGAUGCUAAAGUGGCUUCCACUCAUGUUGUGCCUGCUCUUGUCACUCUUGGCUCUGACCAAAACUUGAAUGUAAAAUAUGCAAGCAUUGACGCAUUUGGAACUGUGGCACAGCAUUUUAAAAAUGACAUGAUCGUGGACAAAAUACGUGUUCAAAUGGAUGCUUUUCUUGAAGAUGGAUCACAUGAAGCUACAGUUGCUGUGGUCCGUGCAUUGGUGGUGGCUGUCCCACAUACAACAGAUAGACUUAGAGAUUAUCUAUUAUCAAAGAUUUUCCAACUUACAACCACACCACCUCCAUCAAGUGAUGUGAUGCGUCGCCGUGAGAGAGCUAAUGCAUUUUGUGAAUCCAUCCGUGCUCUAGAUGCUACAGAUGUUUACACCACAAAGAUGUUUCAGCUACUGCUAGCUGCUUAUUCAACAAUAAGCAUUCAAGAUGCUUCUCUCUUCUUGGGAAUGAAUGAGGAUGAUGCUACAAACUGCAUGUAGACCAGUGAAGACUACAACUUUAAUGCUAAGACAUGAUUUUUGGAUAUAUGUUAGUUUGUGGUUAAUGUUCAGACAUGAUUUUUGGAUAUAUGUUAAUUUGUGGUUAACGUUUUGGAUUUUGGAUAUGUUAAUUUUGUGGGAAAAGGUGAUUGGAUAUUAAUUGAAUGAGAAAGUGAAUUAAUGCUUUAUUACAA